UCGCGUUCGUUACGUGUAAACGCGGCUUCAUUGGUCAGACUAAAACUGCAUCGUCUCAAAGCAAGACACUAUUUCGGUCAUUAAACUCGGUAGAUCGCUAACGGCCCUCUCGCUCGAAAGAUUACCGUAUAUUCGCGGAUCACGCCGAUAUCCGAAAGUUGAAAGUCACGCUGAUAUCAUUUCGAGGAAUAAAAUGGCGGCAAACGUCAUAACCAAAAAAUUCCAAACGCCUUUGCGUCGCGGCGUUGUCGGAAAAUACGAAUGUAAUUAGUUUCCACUUUGUACUAUGUAUGUGUAACGAUUGUCACCCCACGAUGACCGCGUUUACACUCUGCGACGACAGUGGAUUGGUCGAAACAAGUGCAGCUGCAUUACGAGUGCCGAUACAAAAGUUCACGUUGUCGUUACGUAACUCGUUACACACCGUGGGCACGGCUCGUGUAUUCGCAGCGCGGCGUGCAUGUAGGUUGGCAUCGAUGAUGCGCGUUUUAUAAGUGUGGGAGCGGAUCCGCUGGUGCGCGCGCGAACGAAACUCGGCUGUAUCUAUAGUCUAUACGUCUGUACAGCACCGCGGCUAUCGGUACCGGUCGCUCGGCUAGUAAGCUAGUUGGCCAUCCAAUUAUUUGAACGUCAUGCGCGCGGACGCGCGAAUCUGUACGAAAGCUUCACGAUCGGUUGUUGGCUACCGGCAUUCGACGGGCAAGGAUUGUCAACGGUCCUGACGAUCAACGGCGUUUACGUCGUAACAGUGCCGGGACAGUCAGUUGAACGUAUCGAUAGAGUAUAACGAUGCUGAACGUGCUCGAGCCACUGCUCGACAUCCCAACGGCCUACUACGGGGCGCUACUGGGCGUCGGAUUCUGCGUAUAUUAUCUUUUCGAAGUCGUCAAAACGCCGAUGCUGGUAUGCGCGAAUGGGCCGUUCCGAUCGUUCUUAGAAGAUCGUGUACCACUUGUCAGGAACAAAUUUUGGCCGACGUUAUGGUGCUUCGAAUCAAGAGCACAAACUAUUAUAGCGAGUCUUCUCAGAUCGCGAAUCAUGCCACCAAUUCACUAUCGCAGAGAAAUCCUAACCUUGUCGGACGGAGGUGAAGUGGCACUGGAUUGGGCAGAAGAGGGAAGCUCCGCUACUUCGCCCAUAGUGAUUAUUUUGCCAGGACUUACCGGUGCAAGCCAAGCGGAAUACAUCAAGUGUCUUGUCUCGUCUGCAAAAAAAGUCGGCAUACGAUGCGUAAUCUUCAACAACAGAGGAUUAGGAGGCGUGGAACUGAAGACUCCACGAAUGUAUUGCGCGGCAAACAGCGACGAUUUGUCCGAGGUUAUCGAACACGUAAAAAAACUAAAUCCUCAAGUACCGCUUGGAGCGACGGGAAUCUCGAUGGGAGGAUUAAUUCUAGGUAAUUAUUUAGCUCAACAAGGAGUAAUGGCGAGCGGUAAACUGAGGGGAUGCUUUCUAAUCUCUGUACCGUGGAAUGUUUUCGCCGCGACGAAAAAUACGGAAGAGAAUUAUUUUAAUUUAAUGAUAAAUAAAUAUUUGGCUGGAACGCUUCGCAAGAACAUAGAGCGUUUACAUUCCGCGACGGAUGCAGGCUUCUUUGAUGUCGAUAUUGACACGCUUCUUAAAAGUCAAACCGUGCGAGAGUUUGAUUCGCAUUUUACGGUGAAACAGUUUGGCUACAGAGACGUGGAGGAAUACUAUUCUAAUGCUACCAUACAUGAUAAAUUACAUUUGAUUGAUGUACCGUUAUUAUGCCUUAGCGCUGCUGAUGACCCAUUUCAACCAGUUCAAGCUAUUCCUUUGAAAGAAAUAUCGGAAACCAAGAAGGUAGCUGUCGUAGUAACAUCACGCGGCGGCCAUAUUGGUUUCUUGGAGGGCAUGUGGCCGGUCAAAGAGGAACAAUAUAUAGGUAAACUGUUUUCACAAUUUUUCAACGCGCUGUUUACUACCGAUGUAGAUCAGCAAAUGUUGUGACGAACUUACAACUUAAAUUUCAAGUCCAUCUGUUGAUAUCAAUUGUCUUGUCUGCGUUUGACCAUUAUGCGAGAACGAUCACGUGCCAUGAUUUAGUCAUAUUCAGGGUACUGCACAUGUGAUGUUAGUAGUGAUAAGAAUUACAGAACUUUCAUCGCUUUUAUAAAAACAUUUUUACCGACGGCUUAUAAAGUAUUAGUUAAUAAUCAUAUAGGUAUAAUUUUUUACAAAAGUAUAAGCCGUUUAGGAACAAAAUAUACGUGUUCACUUACGCGUAUAUAAUAGUGAUGUUAUAUUUAUUUUUAAUACGAAGUGUUUAUUACAAAACUUUUAUAACUAAUGUUUAUUCGAAUUGAAAUAAACAAAAUCGUAGUUUAAAACAAUUAUGAAAAUCUAUGCUUAUGCACUGUGUUUGUGCGAGCUUUGCUUCAUUGAGAUACUAUAAAAAUUUAUUGAAAGUGUAAUAUCAUGAUACGACUAAACGAAUGUUUUAUAUUUAUUUAUAUGUAAAAUCACGAUAAGCAGGUUUCUCAUUUAAAGGAAUAAUAGAAUCACCACAGUACAUAUGUCUAAAUGCAACAAAUUUACCAGUUUCAUUAUGUUUCAACAAUUUUAAUGUUGAAUUAGAUAAUAUAAAACACAAAAUAGAAUAGAAAGCCAUUCGUAAGAUCCAAAUAUCAUUGAAUGUGAUACAGAAAGUAAAAAAUUUAGAUUCUACUACAUUUUAUAUGUAAUUUUUCCUUAUAACAUUAUUAAGAAAAAAAUGUUGACAAGGCGAAUUUAUUGAUACCCGCAUCGCAUUAUAUCAUAUUUUUUAUUUCUUUAAUAUUAGAAAUAUGUAA